AUGCAGAAUAGGUCUUUUUCGGUGCAAUUGCCUCUCAAGCAGCCCUUCAACAACGAAGGUGGCAAGACGGCGUGGACGCGGUCGUUGAUGCAUCAGUGUGGGUGUGGUUACGAUGCACUUGAGAACGCAGAGGAUCAGCUGUGUGUGUUUCGUGUGCACGUCUUCCACUGUGCGUCACUGGUGGCCGGCCACCUCCUCCUCUCCGUCCACGUCCUUCUCGUCUCGCGCGGCGUGCGCGUCCGCUGGGUCAGGAGCGCGUCGUCGUCGCCGGCGGUGGUGAAGCGACGACGCAACAGCCCCACGCAGUCGCCACCACCACCCGUCGCAGCCAACGGCCACGCCCCCCCACACCGUGCCCGUCCCAACAACGGUCGCCCUCCCACGGAGCGUCCGUGUAGUCCCUCGGGGCGCCGCCUGGCCGCCGAGUGGGCCCACCUGAAGUAUCUCGUCGGCACCGUCGGCUGCCACUGUCUCGUCGCCCUCAGCCUCUGUUUGCUGCACUCCCUGAGAUUGUCGUACGUGGACUGCCUCCUCCACGCGCUGCGGCUGGCACAGGACGAGGCGGCUGGCGCACGCAGACGCGGCGGCGGCUGCAAAUCCUCCGUCAAGAAGACGACCUCGUUGGUUGGGGAGGCGCCAGCAGCAGCAGCAGAGGAUGCGGACGGCGUUUGGCUGUCUCUGCAACUGCGAUUUGUCCUUCUUCUGCUCUUCUGCAGUCUGCUGUGCGUUGAGCAGUGGAUUACGUCGGCUUCUCUUGCCAAGGCGGUUAUUUCCGAGUAA